AUGGCGUUCAGGCGCGGCCUUCCUCUGUAUGCGAACAUCCAACAUAGGAUAAUACCCCGCCAACACGGGCUCCGCAGAUGGCCUCAACCCACUGCAUCCUUCUCCACCCAUUUCGCUGUCGCAAACAAACAGAUCGGCUCGCAAAAUGGCCAGUCGCAAGGCAAUCAUCCACAGAAUCCAGAGAUCCCAUCCUUCAGUUUCGACUCUCUAGGUCUGAGCAAGACUACGAAGACUGUUGUCCUCGUCAUUCUCGGUGUCUUUGGCACUAUCGAAAGCUGGUUCUGGGCCCAAACACUUUGGCGCUGGUGGAAGAGCGACGAUGAGGAUACGAAUUAA